AUGUGGACAGAUAUCGCUAAACGGAAGCAGGACUCCAUCCUCGGUGGGAUCCCACCGGAAUGGAGAGAUGCUGAAAUUGCUGACAAGAUGCAGCGCACCGGGGAAACUAAUACGAAACGCUUUUUAGAUGCAACUCUUCCCGAGGACGAAAAUGCCAUCACCCAUCUUUCAUUGGUGGAUCUUCAGAAGAAGAUCGCAGCAGGUGAAUUUUCAGCGUUGGAGGUCACUACAGCAUACUGCCACCGGGCAGCGUUAGCCCAUCAAAUCGUCAACUGCUGCUCGGAUAUCUUCUUUGACGAGGCUUUCGAAAGGGCCAAAAAACUAGAUCAGGUGUUUGCCAAAGAUGGUGUUGUAGGUCCGCUUCAUGGCAUCCCUAUAUCCUUGAAAGAUCAGGUGGACUUGACGGGCAAGGAUUCCACCUUGGGGUACUGCUCAUUGGCUGAUAAGCCCAAAGCCAAAAACGCCCUCAUCGCUGAUCAAUUGCUCGAGGCCGGUGCUGUCUUCUACGUUAAAACAGCCGUACCCAGCUCCCUCAUGGCUUCUGAGACUUAUUCGAAUCUCAUUGGCUACACGACUAAUUCCUUGCAUCUGGACUUUUCGGCAGGCGGGUCGUCAGGCGGUGAAGGGUCCUUGAUCGCCGCUGGUGCAUCACCAUGUGGUUUAGGUACAGACAUUGGAGGCAGUAUUAGGAUCCCCUCUUGCUUCCAGGGCUUGUAUGCGUUGAAACCGGCCAACGGGCGACUUUCGUAUAUGAACGUUACCAACGCCUCGAGUGGCCAGGAGUGUGUAAUUUCGGCGAUCGGCCCGAUGGCCCGCUCUCUCGAAGAUGUGAAGUACGUUUCUAAAGUCUUGGUUGGAAUGGAGGGGUGGCACCUGGAUCCCAAGGUGCUUGCUGUUCCCUGGAGGGAGGAGGCUCAGAGAAAAUUCACUAUAGGCAUAUGGCAUGCUUGUCCUGAGCUCAGACCGCAACCUCCAGUGGCCAGAGCUCUUGAAGAGACAAAAGCAGCUUUGCAAAAGGCAGGCCACGAGGUGGUGGAUAUACAAAUUCCCAUGCUGUUGAAGGCCAUGGACACGGCCACAAAAGCAUAUGUUGCGGACGCUGGAAAAGAGGCUUAUGGGGAAUGCAGCAAGACGGGUGAGCCGUUCAUUAAAGCAGCCUUGGAGUGUGUGCCAUGGGAUCUUUUUGGAAAACCUUUGGACGCCAGUGCAUGGUGGGAAGUGUGCAACGAAGCGUACGAAAUCAAGCAGGACUUUUAUGCCCACUGGAAGGACACUGCUCGGUUGACUCUGUCUGGGAAACCUAUAGACGCUAUUGUGUGCCCCAUCUGGCCUGUUCCGGCUGUGCUCAAGUACGGCCCCAACACUGAAAAUUACACGGUUCCUUUCAACCUUUUUGACUGUGCCAGUACCGUUCUUCCUGUUGGUAAAGUGGACAAGCUGAGAGAUGUCAAAGAAACCCAGUUUAAGGCCAGAAAUGACGCCGAACAGAGCGUUUACGAUAUGUACGAUCCGGAGAAGUUCCACGACUUGCCCGUUUGCCUUCAGGUGGUGACCAGAAAGCUUGAAGAGGAAAGAUCUCUAGCUGUGGCGGAGGCCUUAGAUCAGGCAGUGCACGCCUCUCGGUAG